CCUGUGGCGUCACAGUGGAGAUUGGUCGGGCUGAGUGUGGAGAAGUCUAGAAGUUUCCACGCUGUUUAUAUGGAACACGUUGGGAACUUCAACUGCCCGAGUGGAGUCGGACAACCGACCUGGCGCUGAAGCGGACAACUAAACUUUCCCGAUAACUUUGAAAGAAUAUUUAAUAAUUAGUAAACAAGCGCCGCUGGAUGGUCAAGAUGGGCAAGGAUUACUACGACAUUUUGGGAAUUAAGAAAGGAGCCUCAGAGGACGACAUAAAGAAAGCUUAUCGCAAGCAGGCUCUGAAGUACCACCCCGACAAGAACAAAUCCCCAGGGGCGGAGGAGAAGUUCAAAGAAAUAGCUGAAGCCUACGACGUUUUGAGCGACCCAAAGAAGAAAGACAUUUAUGAUCGUUUUGGAGAAGAAGGUCUGAAAGGCGGAGGAGGACCAACAGGGGGCAGUGGACCUGGCACCUUCAGCUACACUUUUCAGGGAGACCCUCACGCCAUCUUUGCAGAGUUUUUUGGUGGGCGUAACCCCUUUGAGCAGUUUUUUGGUGCUCGAAAUGGAGGUAUGGAAGAGGACAUGGACACUGAUGACCCAUUUUCUCGAUUUGGGAUGGGCGGUGGCGGAAUGGGUCCUGGCGGAAUGGGCGGCUUCUCGCGCCCCUUCGGCCCUGGCAUGGGGGGAAUGGGCAGUCACACUAGCGUCGUAAAGAAGCAGCAGGACCCACCCGUGGUUCAUGACCUUAAGGUGUCACUAGAAGAGGUGCUACAUGGUUGCACAAAAAAAAUGAAAAUCUCUCGGAAAAGACUCAACCCUGAUGGCCGAACGACAAGGAUGGAGGAGAAAAUCCUGGAGGUGCACAUAAAGAGAGGCUGGAAAGAGGGCACCAAAAUCACUUUUGCCAAAGAAGGGGAUGAGACGCAGAGGAACAUUCCAGCAGACGUGGUGUUCGUGUUGAAGGACAAACCUCAUACAGUGUUCAAACGGAACGGCUCGGACGUCAUUUAUACUGCCAAGAUCUCACUACGCGAUGCCUUAUGUGGUUGUACAGUCCAGGCGCCCACACUGGACGGCAGGACAGUGACGGUAACGACCACAGAUAUCGUACAGCCAGGGAUGAAGCGAUGGGUAAGCGGGGAGGGGCUACCUUACCCCAAACGACCCGAUCGUCGAGGGGAUUUGAUAGUGGAGUACGAGGUGAAGUUCCCAGAGCGGCUCAGUCAAAAUGCACGGGACACCAUCGCCCAGGUUCUUCCACGAUCAUAAACAAGAUGAACAUAGCUGCUGGACUCACACUUGGCUGCCAUCUUUUUACUUAUAAAUCAGCAUGAACGUUCACAGGUCAGAACCGCAUCGGACAUUAAGAGUUACACUCCUGGUGUCAGAUUGCCCCAAAUGUACAUGGAUCCCAGUAGUAUAAAUAUGACCUUUUGAGAGAUUUGGAUACAGUGUGCGAGUGCUGCUUUUCAGAGGCUAGAUUGUAAAUAUGUGAGCAAUGUUGUGUGGUGUUUGGUUUACUGGGUUUCUAUUUUCAUGAAAACUGUACAAUAAAUGAGAAAAUACAUGUGCUACUAUUCUACAGAAUCUUUUGCUUCUAAUAGUUUUCAUUGAGAAACAUCUAUUUUUUUGUAUGAAGUAACAGCAUCCAGGUUUGCAGUGGAUGUUUUUCACAGAUGUUUGAGACAUUUUAAGUGUAUAAGAACAGAUUCUUUACUGAGAAUGGCAGCGAAACGCUGAGGAACGACCGUCGGAUGAAAGAUUGUUCACUGUGUCUUCUAUGAUUGAAGCUUCGUUAAGAACAAUAAAGAGGAACACUGGGUGCUGUUUA